AAAAUCUAAGUCUAUCAAAUUAAUAUAGAGCAUUCAUUAUAUAACAAGGUAACAAUGCAAGAUCCAAAAGGAUAUCAACAAGUCAACAAUUUGCAAAGCAGAGAUCUUGUAGAUAUAUUAAAAGAAAAUCCAUUUAAAUGGAAACAGAAAAACGCAAGAAUCAUGGACAUAGGUUGCGGCGAUGGAAGCGCCACUACGGGUCUUUGGACAAAGUAUAUUCCGGAGAAUUAUAUGACGAUAAUCGGAAGUGACAAAAGUCAGGCAUGUGUAAACUUUGCAAAGAAGAAUUACGAGAGUGAAAGAAUUAAAUUCAUAACGCUUAAUAUAGAAGAUGAGAUACCCAGUGAACUGAAAGGAUGUUUUGACCACGUGGUCUCAAACUACACGUUUAUGUGGGUGCAACAGCAAAAGAAGGCCUUCUCCAAUAUAUACAGCAUGCUGGUAAAAGACGGCAACUGCCUGUUAAUAUUCCUUGCCACUUGCAACACUUACGAGAAUUAUAUUAAACUUUCGAGAACUUCAAAAUGGAAUCCCUAUCUUAAAGAUGUUAAGACCAAGUUUAUAUCACCCUAUCAUGAAUCACAGGCAAGUACUAAUAGCAACAUACAUAAGCUAAGCGAACAAGAAGUGCCCCCAACGAUAGAUUUGCAGCCGUAUUCGAACAAUGAGAUACGUCAAAUACUAGAUAUUGAAACGAUAUGGAUUGGAUAUGAUCCAAAAUCCGAAAUCAGAAGACUGAUGAAGAAAAUUGGUUACAGACAUAUUAAAAUUCAAGUGCAAAAUCGUUCCUUUGAUUUUCUACGCGGUAUAGAAGAGUUUAAAGACAUGAUGAAAUCCUUCAAUCCCUUCGACGGCCUAGAGGAAAAAUGGGAUGAGUUCAUGGACGAUUAUGUGAAGGUAGAUCCCAAUGCGGGAACGUUCAUAUAUAAGCUGUUGGUUGUUUCAGGGAUGAAAUGA